CCUUGUCCCUUCUCUUCCUCUCCCACGGCGGCGCACGAACACGCAGCAGUCGCCGAUUGUGAGAGAGAGAGAAGAGAGAGUGAGAAGAGAAGCGCCACGCCUUUCCUUUAGAAGGCCAAACCGAACCCCCACCCGACCACCCAGAUGGCACCGCCGGCGACGUCCAUGGCCGAUAUACCGGAUGUGAUGCUCGAGGAAAUCUUCCUACGCCUCACAGCUGCCGAAGACCUCGCCCGCGCCUCCACCACCUGCCCCUCCUUCCGCCGUGUCAUCGCCGACCACGCCUUCCUGCGCCGGUACCGCGCUCUCCACCCGCCGCCUCUCAUCGGCCUGCUCCAAGACACCUUCAGCCCAGCCCAGCCGCCGCACCCCUCCGCUGUCGCCGCUCGCGCCUUCCUUGGCUUCGACUUCUCCUGCUCAUCCUUCCUCCCCUCCACCCCCGGCCAUACCUGGCGUCGAGUUGAUUUCUUUGACGGACGCGCCCUCCUCGUCGGCCCCCCAAACAAAGAAGACCGCCAAUUUUGGGUCAAGGACCUCGCUGUGUGCGACCCCAUUCACCACCGGUAUGUCCUGCUGCCCGCCAUUCCAGACGACCUGAAAGCGCUGGCUCCUCAGCUGGACCUCCUCACUCUGGAGGCCUUCCUUGCUCCCGGCCAGAAUGAGGAGGGCCCUUUAUCAUUCAGGGUGAUGUGCGUGGCGCAAUGCACAACCAAACUGCUCAUUCUCGUCUUCUCCUCCUCUUUGGGUGGACAAGGACAGUGGCAUGCUCAUACAUUUGAUCAAUGGAGUGGUCAGGGUACAUCUGCUUCCGGUGGUUCAUUUAUCCACUCUCAUGGUGGGUUGUCCAAUCGUCAAUUCGUCCACGGAUGCUUCUAUUGGCAUUUGCAUUUUCGGAACGAGUUGCUUGUGCUGGACGUGCGUGCAAUGGAGUUGUCUGCCAUCAACCUCCCACCUGAACGAGGGACUAACAGUUUUGCCCUUGUUGAGGCAGCAGAAGGGAUGCUCGGAAUGCUCACUGAAGGCUAUGGCGAGGACCACGAUAGUGACCCAUUUUGGCUCACGUAUUCCAUUCUGAGAAAUAACCAAUGGCACUUGAACAAGGUCAUCCAAUUGCCAGUAAACGAUGCUGCUCUUGUUGGUGUAGCCGGGGGAUACCUGCUCCUAGAAGCGUUGUACACCACAACUGCACAAGAGACGCUGAAAUUUGGAUGUUUUUCUGUGGACGUCAAGACAUUGCAGGUCGAGUUUUUCGCUGAGCUUAGCAAACACUUACCUGGACGACUAUAUGCUGGUUUCCCACCAUCAUUGUGUGCACCAACUAUUUGAAGCGGACUGUCAAAGGCGAUGAGGUAGUUCUGCCAGUUCGUUUUUACAUGGUUACAACCACUGGCUGUUUACAAGACCUUUGAAUCUCUAAAAGAAUAGGUGUGCCCUACUUAAAAUAUGAGUUUGCUUGAUUCAGUGUAAUCCUGUAAUGACAAGAUCUAAACGAAAUGAUUUGGCUUGGGAACCAGAUAGCAGAUUGGUUUCAAGUCACCAUGUGUUGUGGAUGUGAAAAAGAUUUACGGCA